UGGGAUAAGUGCCCGUCCCUGCCAUGACAUUGAGCAAGCUAUGAUCGAUCUAUCAUGUCUCUGAAGUUGAAUCUCAUUAAUGUCACGAGUUAGCUGGAGCCAAUCCUAACUAACUUUGGGAGAGACCACCUACACGUAUGGCUUGCCAAACACAGGACACAUAUAGAUAACAACAAUUCAUAUUCAACUACUGCACCAUUUAGCAUUUAGUGAGCUGAACUGUUUUUAUUUAUGGAAAAAAAAGCCAAUAUACGCGGAAGUGCGUCCGACGUCAGUGUGAAAGGUCCCUUCCCUCAAAUAGGUCCGACAGAUGGCCAGCCGACAUCGCUGGCCAAAUCUUGCCAGCAGAUGUCGCCCUUCUGCAGCCUUGCGAGCUUCUUUCCCUACGGCACACGAUGCAGGCCAAACUUUUUUUUGCCAUGCAAAUGCAAAUUGUGUUGCUUUUGAAUUUCGUUAACUACCAAAUAAUAAGGAUCAAGGAGACAUCACAGAGUUCGAUUUCUUUCGGGGGGGUUUAAUUAGAUGAUGUGUCGGGCUGCGAUUUGAAUGAACGGAAGCGGUAUCGUUAAGCGGCGUCGCCAGUUCGAAUUUUGGUCCAUCCGGUUCACACAAGAGAAGUAAUUGGACCGUCAAGUGGGGGAUUAUGGCGCUCACGGGGACUCUGCCAGGAACGCCAGCUGCCUCCUUAAAACCGUAACGGGCUUAAAAACACAACCAAGAGACUUGUCAACUAUCAGGCCUUUGUUGGACUGAACGGGGGAAGAGGAGCUUGGUGGAAGUUUGUGUGCGCUCAUCUAUUCCCCUCCAAUGGCUGACGAGGAGGAGGAGGUGAUGGCCACAGAGUAUUUGCUUGAGCAGGUGAUGCUCAAGGACCUGAGCAAGAGGCUACAGGCAGGCCAGGAGAUGGUGGAACUUAUCCUGCAGGACAAAUGUCCACAGCUUGAGCAAGACCAGGGGACCCUGGACAGGAUGGUGGAAGCGUUGGCCAGCUCCUGGGUCAACUCCAGUCACUUUAAGGUGGUGCUGUUGGGGAUGGACCUUCUGUCCGCAUUAGUUAGCAGACUGCAGGAAAAAUUCAGGACGCAGGUUGGAACAGUUCUUCCUAGUUUAAUCGAUCGUCUGGGAGACGCCAAGGAUCAAGUGCGCGACCAGGACCAAGCACUUCUACUUAAGAUCAUGGACCAGGCUGCCAACCCACAGUAUGUUUGGGAGCGCAUGAUGGGAGGCUUCAAACAUAAGAACAACCGCACGCGAGAAGGACUCUGCCUUUGUCUCAUCUCGACCUUAAAUGUGUUUGGCUCGCAGAGCCUGACUCUCAGCAAAAUAGUUCCUCACAUUUGUAACCUCCUGGGAGAUCCCACAAGUCAGGUGCGUGAUGGUGCCAUGAGCUGUCUGGUUGAGAUCUACCGCCACGUCGGUGAGCGAGUACGGAUUGACCUUGGAAAGAAGGGCCUACCUCAGUCAAGGUUGAAUGUCAUCUUCAGUAAAUUUGAUGAGGUCCAGAGGUCGGGGAACAUGGUCCUGUCACCUGUGACAGAUAAAAACUCAGAGGAUGGCGAUUCAGUGGAUGGUGGCUGCUCUUCAUCCUCAUCCAAAGCAGAGUUGUUGGUUGGGAGGAAGACUGUUGUGGGUUCAUUCCGACGCCCCGUCUCCAGCGCCAAGUCAGCAGGGAGAGAUGGGUCCGCUGCCGGCGCGGUGGAUGAGGGUGACUUCUUGCAGGCCUUCGAGGAUGUUCCCACUAUGCAGAUCUACUCCAACAGGGAGGUGGAGGAGGCCAUGGCCAAGAUUCGUGACGUUCUCUCAGAUGACAAACGUGACUGGGAACUCCGAGUUGCAGCGCUGAAGAAGGUGCGCUCGCUGCUGUUGGCUGGAGCGGCAGAGUUUGACGGCUUCCUGCAGCAGCUGCGGCUCCUGGAGUCAGCAUUCAGAUUGUCAGCCAAAGACCUGCGUUCUCAGGUGGUUCGGGAAGCCUGUAUCACUCUGGGACACCUGUCUUCAGUGCUCGGAACCCGUUUUGAUCAUGCCGCGGAGGCAGUCAUGCCGAGCCUCCUGAACCUGGUCCCCAAUAGUGCCAAAGUCAUGGCCACCUCCGGUGUGGCUGCCAUCCGCCUCAUCCUACGACAUACACACUACCCGCGCUUGAUCCCGAUCAUCACCAGCAACUGCAUUUCUAAGUCUGUGGCUGUCAGAAGGCGAUGCUACGAGUUCUUGGACCUGCAACUGAAGGAGUGGCACACCAACUCCCUGGAAAGGCAUGUAGCUGUUUUAAUGGAAACUAUAAAGAAAGGCAUUCAUGAUGCAGAUGCUGAGGUGCGGUCUGUGACCAGGAAGUGUUACUGGAACUUCCACAGCCACUUCAGUCAGGAGGCGGAGCAGCUGUUCCAGUGCUUGGAGUCGUCCUAUCAAAAAGCUCUCCAGGCUCACCUGCGAAGCGGGGAUACCUUGAUGUCACUUCCGCCAUCUGAUCAUUCAUCGUCCUCUUCACAGGAGAGCUUGAAUCGAACUUUGUCGACAAGAGGCACCACUGGAAGAAGCGUGACCAUAUACAAAGCGGCCCAAACCUCCAGACCCCCCACUGGCACCUCCUCUCCCGGCACCCUUCAGCGUUCUUGCAGCGACGUGGAUGUAAAUGCGGCAGCCACCGCCCGCACUCGGAUGCCCACCGUGGCCUCGGCAGUGCAAACUUCGACUUCGUCCUUUAGCUCCGCCUCGGCUCUGCCUCCUGGAUCGUAUGCUUCACUCGGUCGUGUUCGAACGCAGAGGACGAGCACAGGAAAGCGUCCAUCAGUGCCUGACGGUCGGGGCCGCAGCAAAGCAAAGGUCGUCGUUUCGCAGUCUCAACCCAGUAGCAGGUCAGGUUCCCCGGGCCGAAUGCUUGGCUCUCCCCACGGCAGGAUGAUCAGGUUACCUGUGGGCAAUGCCACCACUGCCGCCAGCAGCAGUCUGAGCAACAGUCGGCGCCCGCGAGGCCACCGCAGCCAGGGCUGUAGCCGAGAAACCAGCCCCACCAGAUCAGGCCCCGCACGGAGCCGCAUCCCCCGACCCAGUAUGAGUCAGGGCUGCAGCCGCGAAACCAGUCGCGAGAGCAGCCGUGACACCAGUCCCUCCAGGGGUUUCUCCCCCCUGGACCGUCUGUCUCACCAGGCUCGAAUUUCGGCCUCCGUCAAUGCCAUGAGGAUCCUCAACACAGGCACUGAGGUGGAGGCGGCUGUUGCUGAUGCUCUGCUCUUAGGAGACUCGAGGAGUAAGCAGCGUUCGGUGCGGCGGCACUUUGAAUCGCCGGGUAUGUUCUCUGAUGAUGACGCAAACAGCGAUGCCUCUAGUGCCUGUUCGGAACGCUCGCACAGCUCGCGCAAUGGCGCUGUGCGGCACACGGAGGAUGUGGCUGAAAUUCUCAACCACUGUGCCAGCACCAACUGGUCAGAGAGAAAGGAGGGGCUGCUGGGGCUGCAGAACGUGCUGAGGAGCCACAGAAUGCUUAGCCGCGUAGAGUUGAAGAGACUCUGUGAGAUCUUCACCAGGAUGUUUGCAGAUCCCCACAGCAAGAGAGUCUUCAGCAUGUUCCUGGAGACUCUGGUGGACUUCAUAGUUCUGCACCGGGAAGACCUGCUCGACUGGCUUUUCAAGCUCCUCACCCAGCUGCUGAAGAAAAUGGGUGCUGACCUCCUGGGCUCCGUCCAGGCCAAAGUUCAAAAGGCGCUGGACGUCACUUGUGAUUCGUUCCCAUACGAACAGCAGUUCAACAUCCUGAUGCGCUUCAUCGUGGACCAGACGCAGACGCCCAACCUGAAGGUGAAGGUGGCCAUUCUGCGUUACAUCGAGGCGCUAGCGCGGCGGAUGGACCCUGCCGACUUUGUCAACACCAGCGAGACACGCUUGGCUGUCUCACGCAUCAUCACGUGGACCUCUGAACCCAAAAGCUCUGAUGUCCGCAAGCCUUUUUUUCAUUCACCAAACUCCCAGACCCUUCAUAACUGGGAAGAUUUGUCAGGUCGCGCCAGCACUGUGGCCUCUCUACCUGGAGAGGGCAACCUGGAGGAGAGUUGCAAGCAGGCGGCCCAGGUGGUGCUCAUUGCACUGUUUGAGCUCAACACACCAGAGUUCACCAUGCUACUUGGUGCUUUGCCCAAAACCUUCCAAGAUGGGACCAGCAAGCUGUUGCACAACCACCUGAGGAGCAGCGGUGGCAUCAGCAUGGCAUCUCCCAGUAGCUCGGCGGGUCGAACAACUCCGCGCCACUCCAGCAGUCGCAGUAGCCCACUGACAUCUCCCACCGCCUACUCACAUGGGGGGCUCUCUCCCAGCAUGCUGGAGUAUGACAGUGAGAACCUGAACUCUGAAGAGAUCUACAGCUCUCUGCGAGGCGUCACUGAGGCAAUCCAAAACUUCAGCUUCCGUAGCCAAGAAGAGCCGAUGGAGCCAUACAAGCGAGAUGGAGCACGGGAGACCAUGGUUGAAGGUGGUUCUCCUUCACCCUCUGACCUUAGGCUUUACAGUGAUGUGGUGGAGGCCGGGCGAACAGCCCUGGACAACAAGACUUCAUUACUGAACACACCUUCGCCACGCUCAUUCACGCUGCAGCGUUGCAGAGACUACAACCCGCACAACUAUGAUGUCAUGGAGCUGCGGCUCAAUGGACGCCAGCACGAAUGUGUGGAAAACAAGAUCCAGAACCCCAGAAAUGUCCCAGGAGUGACCGAGCACCUGGUGGGGGAGCUGCUGAAGGGGUUGUCCCAAGGCCCAGCAGGCGAAAGUGCCACUGAGGAGCGGCCCGCUGAGGAGCGACGAGCCACCCUGCUGGAGCUGCUCAAGGUGGCACGAGAGGAUACGCACGUGGUGUGGGACGAGCACUUCAAGACCAUGUUGCUGCUUCUCCUGGAGAUGCUGGGCGACAAAGACUACAUGAUCCGAGCACUGGCCUUGAGAGUCCUGAAGGAGAUCCUGAGAAACCAACCGACUCGCUUCAAGAACUAUGCCGAACUCACCAUAAUGAAGACACUGGAAGCUCAUAAAGACUCCCACAAGGAGGUGGUGCGUGCGGCAGAGGAGGCUGCUUCCACAUUGGCGAGCUCAAUCCACCCUGAGCAGUGCAUCAAGGUCCUUUGUCCCAUUGUGCAGACGGCCGACUAUCCAAUCAACUUGGCCGCCAUCAAAAUGCAGACGAGGGCCAUCGAACGCGUCACAAAGGAGCCACUGCUUCAGCUGCUGCAUGACAUCAUUCCGGGUUUACUGCAGGGCUACGACGACACGGAAAGCGGCGUGAGGAAGGCCAGCGUCUUCUGCCUCGUGGCCGUCUAUGCUGUGAUUGGCGAGGAGCUCAAGCCCUUCCUGUCUCAGCUCACUGGCAGCAAGAUGAAGCUGCUCAACCUGUACAUCAAGAGGGCCCAAACUUCCACCAGCAAUAGCAGCAGCUCUUCCGACAUCUCUUCCUACUAACCUGCUUUUCACUUUUAACACGUUCACUCUGUCAGCACCAUUUUGAUACACUUCCUGGCAUUUUUAUAUUUUUUUGCAUCCUGCUAAUUUACAGCAAAAAGUCAGUGAGCUUUUUUUCAUGCUAUACAAUGGAAGCAGAAGAUGAAUGGCCACGGGCCGCGCGACAAAGUCCCGAAAAGCAGAAGAUGAAAGGCCACGGGCCGCGCGACAAAGUCCCGAAAAGCUGAAACCAUCCACUGACUUCCUGGACGCUAGGAGGAAGGCGUGUCUUCUCAAAGCUGAUUCGCCACAUUGCAGCAGAGGAUCACUUGGCUGGCCAAUGAUUUGAAGCUUAACGGACUUUUGAGACCAACAGUACACAUCUUGGUUUAAAUGAAGCGAAGCACAAUAUUUUGAAGGAGAUUCAUUCUGUUCUUCUGCAUAUAACUAAACGGGACACUUGACUGUCUUCUAGAUUUUCCAGUGAGGAAUCUAUACGCACAUGACAUGUCAUUUUAAUUUUGCUUUCUGGAAGAGAAAAUUAGACAACGCACCUAAAAAUGUGUUUGUGUUUAUCAUAAAUGACGUCGUUCUAUUUCACUAUUUAGAAUUAGACGAUCUCUUGGCGCUCCAUACUGAUCUUGGUCCUUAACAAAACAGAACAGUCCAGUUCCUGUUGAACCACGAAAUUAAGACUACUCUAGAUGUUUUCCAUAUUUCCAAAAAUAUAAACUCAAUGCUCUAAAUUCUACUAAAGGCUGAACAUAUUGCAGACAUUCUUUAGAUGCUUUUCAAAGAUGUUCUAAAUGGAACUUUGACUUUGAAAAACGCAAGGUAGACAAUCGGCAGCUUUAGUGGAAAAGCUUGCUGAUGGUGACAAUGACCUUGAGCCAGCCUGUGAAGGUCAUUGUGGUACCCAUGACCAAUCACCUCCUGUAAUUCCUCACAAAGAUUGUAUUCCUGUUUGGCGGAAAAGAAAUGUGAAACUGAACCACUCAUCCUGAGAAUGAAGACCGAAACUGCUGUUUUGAAUGAUAUUUUGGUGUUAAUGUUUAGUGAGAAAUAGUCCCACGGCAAUCGUUUUGUACAAAUGUGCCUCCGAUAUGCCUCUGUCGUCACACCCUUUUAAGAGACGGGCCUCCCCAUUUUCCAUGGCCUUGUCAGAAGCAGGGCAGUUAAGUUGAAUGUUCACUGUUGUCUUAUACGCGUGCCUUUAGUUAGACACCUCUUUUACUUCAGUCGAACUAAGACCGUCUUGGAGCAAGUGAAUUUGCCAGUGAAGAGAGGUUGUUAGUAUGUCGCCGAUCAAUUCCUUUGAAUGCACCUACACGCAUGCAUCUGCCCGUCACGCAAUACUAUAUUUAUAUUCCGCAGACUGACUGCAAGUAUUUAUGUUACAUCGCAAUUGAGACUUAAAUAAACGAUCAGACAUUGUCA